AGAGCCGGCGCCGGCGCGUCCACGUGUGCAUGAGGGGCGGGGGCGGCGCCGUCUUCUUAGUCAGCGGCAUCGGCCGGCUCGGGGCCUUUGCUCUCGCUCUCCUCGCCUUCCGCCGCCUUCCCCCUUCUGCCUCCGGAGCGACCAUGGCGGCGUCCCUGAGCGAGGAGACGGCGCGGCUGGUGGGCGACUACUUGGCGCACCGCCUGGGCGUCGCGGGGCGGCCUCCGAGCCGGGCGGCGGAGACGCUGCGCCGGGUGGCGGACGAGCUGGAGCGGCGGGAGCGGUCCUUCUUCCGGAGCGCGGCGAGCGGGGCGCUGCAGGAGGCGGGCGGCGAGGAAGCGGAGGCGGCGGCGGGGCUGGUGUGGCGCGUGGCGGCGCAGAUGGAGCUGCCCGAGGAAGGCGAGGCGGCGGCGGCGGCGGGCGGGCUGAACUGGGGGCGCGUGGUGGCGCUGGUGGUCUUCGCCGGGAACGUGGCGGCGGCGCUGGUGGAGCGCGGCGAGCAGGGCCCGGCCCAGGCCCAGGCCGCCCGGGAGGCCCUCUCUGAGGCGCUGUCCGCCUACCUGGCCGUGGAGAAGCGCGCCUGGAUGGAGGAGCACGGCGGAUGGGACGGCUUCUACCACUUCUUCAACCGGCGUGGCUCCGACGAGACCGACCAGAACAGUACCAUAAGCAACGCCAUCAUGGCCGCGGCCGGCUUCGGCUUGGCCGGCUUGGCCUUCCUCCUGGCCGUGCGAUAAGGCGGCGCCCGCGGAGCUGGACGGACGGCGUGGCUGGACAACAGGCCGGCGAAGAGUCCAUUCUAUAUUUCUAUGAACGGUCGAAGACAGAAGCAUAUUAUAUACAUACACAUAUAUAUUUUUAACCAGUCGGGCCUUGGGGCGAGCACAUUUUACAUCCGGGGACAAACGACGACGACGACAACCAACAACAAUGCAAAUGCCGUUUCAUACAAAAAGUGCUGAGAGUGGACAUCUUCGGGAGCUUGUGCGUGAGGGCUGUGGCUCGGCCGCAGUCCGUUCUGGGAAACUGUUGAUUGUUGGAUGCUAAUGCUAGAUGUUACGGUAGUAGUGCCUCAGUGACGCAGUGUGUGGGUUUCUUCUUAGUGUGUAUGUGACUCCGGGGGGUGUCUUUUGGGGGGUUUGGGGAGGGAGAUGUUGCCUUGUGAAAAAACGUGAGCCAGUAUUAACAAGAAGGAAGAGCUUAAAAGCGGUGGCCCAAAACCUUGAGCCGCUCGAUAUCUAGCUGCGAGGUCCAAAUCGCACAGAAGCAUCACAGCUUACAUGUUUUUGUUAUAUAACGACAUUCAAUCUAAAUUACACUACAACGAAGGAGAAAUGUUGAUACCAAAACAGCCAGGGCUGCAGAACCAGUUCUUUUAACUGAAGUGACUUUUAACGGUUGGAGAAAGAAAAAAACAACAACCCCUUUUGGAAAAGGAGAAUAAUAAUAAUAAUGAUAAUAAAUUGGUAUAUUCGGAAGUCCAUCGGAGGCUGGGCUUUCUGUGGAUUUCCUGCCAGAUCCAGACACUCCAUAUAACUUAAUAUAUUUUUGAAGUAUUUAUCGUUGUAUAAUACUGGGUAGCUGGUUAACAUCUAUUUUGUUAAAUUCCAUUUUUUUAAAGAAAAGGCUCUCAAACUGCUUUCUUGGCUGUAUCUGUCCUUAUACUUAACAGUUCUAGUUUUGGUAUCUCCUAUAUUGUGUAUUGUAAAAAAGGUUUAGUCUUUGGAAGUGUUUGGAUGUCAUUUUCUUUAGCUGGUACAGUUUUAAUAUGUGAAUAAACGUAAUGGGAUAUUUUUAUUUUAAA